AUGUCAAAGCAAGGAACUCCCCCUCCUUCCACUCCACCCCUCUCCCUACCAGUGAAAUCAAGACCACGAACUGACAACCGUCUUGGGCUAUCAGAAGAUUGGGGAGUGACGACAAGUCAACAACGCUCAGAGGAAGAUCCGACGACAGCGUCAUCUUCCAUCCCUACACCUGCACCAGCCCUCGCGAAACGCCGACACGCUCUGCUCGAGCUUCUUGCCUCUGAACGUGCCUAUGCAAGCGAUUUGGCACUCCUCAGGGAUGUGUAUAUGAGGUUGGCGUCUGGUUAUCCUCCCUCAUUCGGUUUCUCAUGUACUAAACGCCCAGUCUCGGGUUCUGAAAUUUCGAACCCUGGAUCCAACACAUCUAGCUCAAAUUUGGAAUCCACCAAAUCAAGCUCCGGCGCAUGCUCAUCCUUGUCCUCACGCACAGUCAGCACCGUCUCGCAUUGUGCUCUUUCUCGCAAAGGGGGAUGA